AUGUCAAAUACAACAAAUCAAAAUCUUCCAUCAAAAUGGUAUACAAAAAUUUCAGUUGAAAUAUCUAUUUCACUGUAUAUGUUAGCGUUCAUGUUAACUACUGUAUUCGAACAGGCAUUUUUUGUUCAUAAGGCCUGUAUUUCAAAUCACGGUUUUAGUCAAAAUAUAUGUGACCAUUUAUAUGAUAAGAAGUUUGAAAAUUAUUCGCAUGUAGUACAGGUAACAGUAUCAAAUUACUUGCAAUGGGACAGUUUAGCAACAAAUAUUAUACCAAUGAUUUUAGUAUUAUUUCUUGGAAGUUGGUCUGAUAAAUAUGGACGCAAAUUUCCUUUAAUAUUGGGCCUUUGUGGAAAAUUUUUUUACUCAUUUAUGAUUAUUAUAAAUGCAUUACAACCAACAUGGCCAUUAAAAUAUGUAAUAUACACAGCAGUAUUGCCAAUGGCAUUAACAGGCGCAGAUGCGGCCAUUUUUUCCUCAGCAUAUAGUUAUUUAACAGAUAUUACAACUAAAAAAAAUCGAACAUUUCGUAUAUCAGUUUUAGAUGGAUGUUACCUGAGCACAAUGCCUAUUGGAAUUGCAAUAGGUCGUUAUUUAUUUACAAAUGUAUUGGGAAAAUCGUAUGCAAAGUUAUUUUCCAUAAAUGCAGCAUUGUUGGCUAUUUCAAUUAUAUAUUCAGUAUUAGUGUUAAAAUGCUGUACGACGGAAAACCAAACACGUUUUCAACUUAAUUUGAAUUCUAUUUGUGAAUUCUUUAAUAAAAAGCAUGCAGUAGCCGCAUUUAAAUGUUUCACAAAACGAAAAGGAAGAGUUUGGUUGCUGCCAUUCAUGAUAAUAGUAAUGUGUUACAGAUUUCAACGAGACGAAAGAAAUUAUAUUUACUUAUUUUUUAUGAGAAAAUUGGAUUGGGAUUAUAACGAUUUCAGUUACUUUCUAGCAUUUCGAUCAACAUUACAUGUAUUUAUGUUACUGUAUGGUGUACCAUUUAUUAUACGCAAUUUUAAAUGGCGAGAUUCAAUUUUAAUAAUCAUAGGAGUUUUUUCAGUUGUGAUAUCUAGAUUUAUAUUCAUGUUUGUUGAAACAGAUUUAUUAUUUUAUAUAGGUACUUUGUUUGGAAGUUUUGGGCCUUGUGUUGCACCAGUUAUACGUUCUAUGAUUUCUAAACUAAUAACGGCAAAUGAAAGAGGAUUAGUAUUUUCUUUAAUUUCUGUAGCAGAUAAUUCGGUACCUUUAUAUUCUGGUAUAAUCUAUUCCCAAACUUACAAUUACACGUUCGAAUGGUUUCCUGGAGCUUUCUUUUUGAUUACAAUUGCAAGUCAACUUAUUAUUUUUGGAAUUACACUUGCAAUUGAGUUGACAGUACCAAAAGAUAAAUUUAUAUAUCAAGAACCAAUUGAGAAAAAUAAUACUGCAGAUGUCAAACCAACCGAAAAUAUUAAAUUAUUGGAACCGGCAUAA